AUGUCCUCGGUCCAGUCCAGCCGUAAGACCACCACCACCACGUACCACACCAUGCCCGCGGAGCAGUCCUCCACCACCUACCGGGCCGUGAACGUCAACUCCCCGGACCUCACCGCUCCCACCUACCGGACCGUGAGCAUCGGUUCCCCGGAGCUCUCCAACGCCACGUACCGGACUCUGAGCGUGGGAUCCCCGGAGCCCACAACCACCACCUACCGGACUCUGAGCGUCGCUUCGCAGCCCGAGCCCACGGUGAUCUCCACGGGGCAGCUGUCCACGUUACCGUACAACGUGAACGGGUCGUAUGACUUCCGGUACCUGGUGCCCAUGCAGGGGGCCAUGCAGACCGCCGUGCAGCCGCAGUACGUGCAGACCGCCGUGCAGCCGCAGUACGUGGUCAUGCAGCAGCCCAUGAUGCAGCAGCCCAUGAUGCAGCAGAUGGUGUCCCCGGUUUACCUGCAGAGCCUCCCGCAGAACGUCUCCCACCUGAGCGUCAGCAGCACCGGGCUCACGCACGACACCGACAUCAUGUACCAGCAACGGCAGACUCUGGAGGAGGAGGACGAGGAGGCGGUGGAGGUGGAGGAGGUGGAGAUCGUGAACGUGAUCCGGAACAGACCUCCUCCGCCCAUAGAGAAGAUCUCGCGGACGGAGGUGAGGAGCAGCCUGCAGGGGGCGCCACCUCCCACCAAACUGGACACGCGAUACUUCGGAGAGCUGCUCGCCGACGUGUACCGCAAGAACUGUGACAUCCACUCCUGCAUCUCCGAGCACGUCGGCAAGAUCAAGGGCGGGAAAAUGGACAGUUUUGAGUUUGGAACGGUGGAGAGGGAGGAGGUGGAGGCUCUUCUUCCUAAAGGAGCCACAGAACUGACCAAACAACAGAUGAGAUACUUACUGCAGACUCGUCUCACGGCCGAUAAGAGCAUGCGUCUGCUGCUGUCCACCUUCAGCAGUCUGAGAGAGGAGCUGCUGCACAUGUCUGAGGACCUGCGGCGUCUUGAGGCAGAUAAGGAGACUCUGGAGAGAGACCUGUCCUUCAAAGCAGAUCAGGCCAAACAGUACGACAGUCUGCUGGAGGAUAUCCGAGAGAACAACCGACAACUGCAGUCGUCCCUGAAGGAGGCGGUCUCGUCACAGCGCUCUCUGGAGGCUCAGCUCAUGAGCAGCAAAAACAAUGAUUCAAGUCGAGAAUACACAGUAAAGGAACUGGACGGACGUCUGCGAGCGCUGCAGAAGGAGAACGACACGCUGAGAGCAAAGUUGGCGGGGCAGUCCAGCAGCAGCAGCUCUCUGCAGGUGAAGACAGAAGAACUCUCUCGUCAGUUUAACGAGGAGCUGAUGUCUCUGAGGGAAGAGAAGGAGCGAGAGAUCGAGAAACUCAAGACCCAGAUGUCGCGGAUGCAAACCCGCGUUUCCACGACGACCACCUCCUCCUCACAGAGCUCCUCCUCCGAGCGCAGUCUGGCAGCUGAGUUAUUCUCAGAGCUGCUCGGCCACCUCGAGAAGAACGAGACCACCUUCACCCGCGCAGGAGGAGAGUCUGUCGUCAGAGUCUGUCGUCAGAGUCUGUCGUCAGAGUCUGUCGUCAGAGUCUGUCGUCAGAGUCUGUCGUCAGAGUCUGUCGUCAGAGUCUGUCGUCAGAGUCUGUCGUCAGAGUGUGGACUUUACAGACGUUAUAAAAACAGCAGAAACACGUGUGAGGUCCUCGUCCAGGAGUCGGGAGACACAGGAGACUGGACAGGGCCGAUGGCACGGACCACUGGCCUCUCUUCAGCUGUGCCUCAGGGCAGCUGUGCCUCAGGGCAGCUGUGCCUCAGGGCAGCUGUGCCCCAGGGCGGCUGUGCCUCAGGGCAGCUGUUCCCCAGGGCAGCUGUGCCCCAGGGCGGCUGUGCCCCAGGGCGGCUGUGCCUCAGGGCAGCUGUUCCCCAGGGCGGCUGUGCCUCAGGGCAGCUGUGCCCCAGGGCGGCUGUGCCUCAGGGCAGCUGUUCCCCAGGGCAGCUGUGCCCCAGGGCGGCUGUGCCCCAGGGCGGCUGUGCCUCAGGGCAGCUGUGCCUCAGGGCAGCUGUGCCCCAGGGCAGCUGUGCCUCAGGGCAGCUGUGCCCCAGGGCAGCUGUGCCCCAGGGCGGCUGUGCCUCAGGGCAGCUGUUCCCCAGGGCAGCUGUUCCCCAGGGCAGCUGUGCCCCAGGGCGGCUGUGCCCCAGGGCGGCUGUGCCUCAGGGCGGCUGUGCCUCAGGGCGGCUGUUCCCCAGGGCAGCUGUGCCCCAGGGCAGCUUCCUGUUCUGGGACCACCUCACUCCUGUGCUGGGACCCCCUCACUCCUGUCCUGGGACCACUGUCCUGGGACCACUGUCCUGGGACCACAUCACUCCUGUCCUGGGACCACCUCACUCCUGUCCUGGGACCACUGUCCUGGGACCACCUCACUCCUGUCCUGGGACCACCUCACUCCUGUCCUGGGACCACCUCACUCCUGUCCUGGGACCACUGUUCUGGGACCACAUCACUCCUGUCCUGGGACCACCUCACUCCUGUCCUGGGACCACUGUACUGGGACCACCUCACUCCUGUCCUGGGACCACAUCAGUCCUGUCCUGGGACCACAUCAGUCCUGUCCUGGGACCACCUCACUCCUGUGCUGGGACCCCCUCACUCCUGUCCUGGGACCACAUCACUCCUGUCCUGGGACCACCUCACUCCUGUCCUGGGACCACCUCACUCCUGUCCUGGGACCACAUCAGUCCUGUCCUGGGACCACCUCACUUCUGUCCUGGGAUCACAUCACUCCUGUCCUGGGACCACCUCACUCCUGUCCUGGGACCACCUCACUCCUGUUCUGGGACCACCUCACUCCUGUCCUGGGACCACAUCGCUCCUGUCCUGGGACCACCUCACUCCUGUCCUGGGACCACCUCACUCCUGUCCUGGGACCACCUCACUCCUGUCCUGGGAACACCUCACUCCUGUCCUGGGACCACUCCUGUCCUGGGACCACCUCACUCCUGUCCUGGGACCACCUCACUCCUGUCCUGGGACCACCUCACUCCUGUCCUGGGACCACCUCACUCCUGUCCUGGGAACACCUCACUCCUGUCCUGGGACCACUCCUGUCCUGGGACCACCUCACUCCUGUCCUGGGACCACUGUCCUGGGACCACAUCACUCCUGUCCUGGGACCCCCUCACUCUUGUCCUGGGACCACAUCACGCCUGUCCUGGGACCACAUCAGUCCUGUUCUGGGACCACCUCACUCCUGUCCUGGGACCACAUCACUCCUGUCCUGGGACCACCUCACUCCUGUCCUGGGACCACCUCACUCCUGUCCUGGGACCACAUCAGUCCUGUUCUGGGACCACCUCACUCCUGUCAUGGGACCACAUCAGUCCUGUCCUGGGACCACAUCAGUCCUGUCCUGGGACCACAUCAGUCCUGUCCUGGGACCACCUCACUCCUGUCCUGGGACCACCUCACUCCUGUCAUGGGACCACAUCAGUCCUGUUCUGGGACCACAUCAGUCCUGUCCUGGGACCACAUCAGUCCUGUCCUGGGACCACAUCAGUCCUGUUCUGGGACCACCUCACUCCUGUCCUGGGACCACAUCACUCCUGUCCUGGGACCACCUCACUCCUGUCCUGGGACCACCGCACUCCUGUCCUGGGACCACCUCACUCCUGUCCUGGGACCACCUCACUCCUGUUCUGGGACCACCUCACUCCUGUUCUGGGACCACCUCACUCCUGUCCUGGGACCACCUCACUCCUGUUCUGCGAUCCCUGCACUGGCUCCCGCUAUAUUUAA